AUGGCCCCUAAAGCAGAGAAGAAGCCCGCCUCUAAAGCCCCAGCUGAGAAGAAGCCAGCCGCCAAGAAGACCGCCUCUUCCGGUGAGCCAAAGAGAAAGACCAAGACCAGAAAGGAGACUUACUCUUCUUACAUUUACAAGGUCUUGAAGCAGACCCACCCAGACACUGGUAUCUCCCAGAAGGCUAUGUCCAUCAUGAACUCUUUCGUGAACGACAUCUUCGAGAGAGUCGCCUCCGAGGCCUCCAAGUUGGCUGCUUACAACAAGAAGUCCACCAUCUCCGCCAGAGAGAUCCAGACCGCCGUCAGAUUGAUCUUGCCAGGUGAAUUGGCUAAGCACGCCGUCUCCGAAGGUACCAGAGCUGUCACCAAGUACUCCUCUGCUGCCAACUAA